CCAGGAGGGAUGCAUACUGAAGACUGGGCUAACCUGGUUUCACACAGUCUUCUCUUUGUCUUGCCCUCACUACACCCACACAACUCCUCCACAGGACUGGUUUUGGAGUGCCAGUCCAAACUGCCAGAAUGCUGUUAAGAAUCUCCAUGAUCUCAGCUCUUCUUGCAUACUUCCUGCUGUUAGGUUUUGCUCUUGAACGUGAAAAGCAAAGGGAUGGAGGGGUGAAGAAGGUUAAGGAGAAGAAGGUCGGAGAUGUCAUUGAAGUAAAAAAGGAUUUGAAGGUGGGAAAAGACAAUAAAGGAAAUAAGAAGAAGGUUGAAGAUGUUGUUGAGGUCAAAAGGGAUCCAGAAGUGGGAAACAACAAGAAAGGAAAGAAGCUGACCCGAAACGAAAAAGUCAAAGGCAAAGAGACAGGAAGUCCAAAAAGUGACAAGGAGCCAAGGAACAACACUGUCUGCUCCAGCAUCGGUGGCAUCUGCCAACGCAGUUCCUACAUCUGUCAGGGGAGGUACCUGAAGGACAAGUGUGCUGCACCUAAGACACACCAGUGCUGUAUGCCAGCCGGGGCUUGGAGUGUCCUGUGUGCCAGUCACCAUAACAACAGAGUGAGGGGUUGUGACUUGUUUGGCUGUGGGGGCUUCAACUCUAGAAGAGAUGGUGACAGCCUCCACAAGGCAGUGGAUGUGGUGUGUGACGAUUACAGCAUUGUCAACGCCCCCUUCUCAGGUACCCUGAGGGGGCCAGUGGUCGGUAUCCAGUACGAUGGCGUCAAACUUACCAACUCCGAGUACUGUGUGAAGAUCUUCAACAUCCGUCCGUACCGCUACAUGGGGCCCAUCUCGCAGGGGGAGGCCCUGGGUUACCUGCUGCCCCUACAGGAGCGCUUCUCUGGCAUCACUUCACACAUGGAGCUGCAGAUGUGUGACCGCUCCGACCCAUCACCAUACAUCUGAACCCUCCUGGGCCACAUGUGACAGGCCUCUAUAGACUGAGGCUGGGGACACAGAUACUUUUCUGAACCCCAAAUACUGAUUUCCCUAAUAUGUGAUGAAGAAAAAAAAACUCUCUCACCCAUUCACUUUGACCACAUCCCUAGUACUAUAGAUAAACUACAACCAUAUUUCUCUUGGUAUUCGUCUCUAUGGUCCUCCCAUGUGAGUGAAUAGGCCAGGUACAACUGCAAUUCUCCUUUGCGCCAUCAGAGGGCAUUUAACAACAAAAUGUCCCUAGAUGCAGUAUUCAUAAUGUACCACAAGAUGAUGCUACAUCUCAACACAAACCUCUGUGUUGAGCUGAAAAUGUAUCACAAAAAUAGCUCAUCCAUGCCAACUUCAAUUAACGUGUGUGUAGGGCCUACUAUUUGGAUGGCAUUCUUGCGUUUACAAAAAUAGAAGGCAAACACAGUGGACAAACAGCACUCCAACCCCUUAAUUGUCUGUUUUUCAGCUAAUUUUAACAUUUAUGUCUUUCUAAAUGUAUUUGUGUUUUUCCACAUAUGAAUGUAGUGCAUGUUCAAUAAAAAAGGCAAAACAAACA